CAGUAUGCGUGUGUGGGCUUAUGUAGUGUAUGAGGGUAGAGACCAGUGUGAGUCGGUGAAAGAGAGUUAAGUAAAUGCAGGUAGUCCAGGUAGCUAUUUAGCAGCCUGGUUUAGCAGUCUUAUUGCUUGGGGGUAGAAGCUGUUCAUGGUCCUCUUGGUUCCCGACUUGGUACACUGUUACUGCUUGCCGUGCUUGGGUGGCUGUAGUCUGACAAUGUUUUGGGGGCCUUCCUCUGUCACCGCUGGGUAUAGAGGUCCUGGAUGGCAGGGAGCUCGGCCCCAGUGAUGUACUGGGCUGUACUCGCCACCCUCUAUUGCGUCUUGUGUUCGGGUGCCUUGCAGUUUCUGUACCAAGCGGUGAUGCAGCCAGUCAAGAUGCUCUCAAUGGUGCAGCUGUAUAACUUUUUUGAGGAUCUGAUGGGAGCUGUGCUGGACUGGCUUUUUAUACAACCGUCUAGCAGUUUCACUCGACACACCCAAAAUGUGUGUUGGAACAUUUCAGUACCAGUCAACAACACUCCUGCAAUAAACCCUUCCAACCUGGCUGCGAAACUGACCACUAAUUCAGUGAUACUGACGUCCCCAAGUUGUUACUUCGACAGUCUGGCCAAUUUGCCCUGCAAUUCUACUACUACCUGUGAAUUAUGGCUCGUAUCGGCCAUAGAUACAGGAGUCAACAAUUUUGAUGCCGACAAGAACAGGUCCAACAUUGACACCCUCUCUCCGUAUCCAACCGCCUUCUCUUCCAACACCUCGAAGAAAUACUUCCUGACCAAGUUGGGGCUUCAGAAAGACUACCCCUGCCCCAUCGCCGCUGGAACAGACUACUUCAGGGUUGGCUCUGACGGUAGCUGUUCCACUCCGAACUGUAAUGGAAUAUUGCCUGUUGGCUCCACUGCCAGAUUUAGGUAUGUUCUUAUCAACCCAGAGAACAAAACAGUUGUUGCGGAGAGUUUGUGGUCCAACAACAUCACUCUUUACACUUUGAAAGACCUUGAAAGCAUUGAUAAUGGCUUUGCUGGAAGGUCUGCGUCCAUGAUUGUCAUUACAUCUAUCCUGUGUUCCUUCCUGGCCUUGCUGCUGCUGCUAUUGCUCAUCAUGCUGUUCUAUGUCCUUUGCUGUCGGAAGGAGAAACAGGAAAUCCAAGUUCCAGGAUCAGUGCGCAUGUAUGACACUCACAACUUGAAGGAGCCUUCCCCCUAUGUAAACCGUGCUUAUGAGGAUGAGCCACAUAGACCCACAGCCACUAGCCCCAUUAGGCUCAAGAGCUACACUGACUAUGAUUUGAAAAAACCAGCCACAGAAUUGUAGUAAGUGUUUAUGAGAGGAAAAUGUUGCACUUAGUGGUUCAUUGACACAUCAAUUUCUUACUGUCAUUCAUGAUCAAUAUGUUUAUGAUAUUAAGGCUGGGGGUUUGAUAGCUAUUUAGAGGUCUAAUUUUGUUGCUUAAUUUAAAAUAGCCGGAGUCGAGUCCUAUGUUUAAAAUACAAUGUUAAAUUCACGUUAUAGGCUAAAUUUAUUUGGAGGCAAUGACUUGUGUCAUAAAUAUAAUCUAUUUAGACAAAGAAAAAUAUGCAGUUGAGUGCACCAAGCUAAUCAAAACUCAAUUUUUUAACCAUAUAUUUAUAGGUAUUUUUUCUCCCUUUUUACAAUAAUCAAAAUAGAAAGAGAAGUUCAUAAUACUCAAUUUCUCUCAUAUCUCCUAUAUGCUGUCAUCAUUGCUGUGUAGUGUGUAAAUGGGUCAUUCUAUGAAAAUGAACAUUAAAAAGAAUUGUUUACCAAA